AUCACGGCGCCGGCAUUGCAGCAAUACUAAUAUUGAUAUAGUACAACAAUAAAUUGAUAUGCCAGAUAUGUUCAAAUCCAUAAUAAUCCGAAACUUUGCCACAGCAAUCAAAAAGACUAAACCAAAACCAAAGAACCUAACUGCGAAAGGACGCGCGGUCAAAAAUUUAAAUUAUGAGAAUAAGGCGCUUUUUGGGGCCGUUGUCAAGAAGGAGAAUGAUGCAACUGCACCACUCAAACCAUCUAAAUCAAAUCAAACUGAAAGUGCUUCCGAAAUGCACUGGUUGUUACAAAGUGAAAAUCCUUUUAGGAAACACAUUCGAUCCUCGAAUAACGACAGCAAAAUUCACAUCAAUCAUUCGCCGCCGUCGCACGGACUGACCAUACCAUUCAGUGAUAAGGAACUGAGAUCAGUUCUGACAUUCCCGCUUGUUCCUACGGCAAAUGGUACACUGGAGAGGACGUGGACUCGCCACGAGCAGUUUGAAACAGAUCAGUACAAAUCGCCCUCGGUGAGCAAAAUUCUGAGUUCAACAAUGCCGGAGGCAGCCCGACAAGCUCUUUUCAAGUGGAAGGCAUCCAAGAUUGCUCUACUAGGGGAAGAAGGUUUCGCGGAGUUUCAAAAGGCUACGCUAGAAAGAGGCAGCAAUUUACACUCGUGUUUGGAAAGUUGGCUCAAUAAUGAGGAAAUCGAUCGCGAAAGGCUGGAUAAGGCUAGGGAGUUGUGGACCAGUAUCCACGGAUCACUGGAGAGAGUUGAAAGACCGGCUCGGGUGAUUGAAAGGAAGAUCUACCAUCCGUUUUUGCAUUACAACGGAGUUGUGGAUUGCAUCUCAUCACUGGACAAAAAACUCCACAUCAUCGAGUGGAAAACAUCGGAGAAACAGAAAUCUUCUCUGUCAGCAACAUACGAUGCACCCGUUCAGCUGUGUGCCUAUCUGGGAGCAUUGAAGACGGAGCCGGAAUUCAGCGGAUUGGAAAUCACCGAUGGAGCAGUGUUUGUGGCUUAUACGACGGGCGAUCCGGCACACGUGCAUUUAAUCAAUUCAGUGAAACUGAAAAAGUAUUGGGCACUUUGGUUGCGACGGUUGCAGGAAUAUUGGAUACGGUAUCGCGAUGAAACACUGCCGGAACCGAUUUGAAGUGGUGUAUUUUUGUCAAGUUAACUUUCAAGGGGAAAUAAACUGUUGCAGCUGUAAG